AUGUUUGGGCAAGGCGCAUCGAAUCAACCGGAUGCGCCGGCGCCGACACUUCAUCGGCCCGUCCCGAUUCAGCCGCUGCGGCCGGAUUUGGGGCUCCACCCCAUAUCCCCGGCCUCUUCCGGAAUCGCCGACCCGUUCGGUCUCUACCGGCUCUACCUGGCCCACCUCCGGCCGUCCACCCUCAGCCACGUCUUCCCGAACCUCAGCUUGGCCUCCCAACUACAGAAUCAGCUUGCCCAGCAACAAGCCGCCACUUCUUCGCCCUCAACGACGGCGGCAAGUACACCGGUGCCGAGGCUCGACUCCGAGAAAUUCUCGUGGAUCGCUCAAUAUCAGCAUUCGAGCACCGACACGAGUCCGGCCCUAUCAACCCUCUCCUCCCCCGCCGAACCGUCGUUGUUCUCUGAACGUGCCCAAAGCGACGCCGUAGAAUUGGCAGACCCUGUGGAAGAUGAUGAAACCACGUCCUGUGGUAUCUGCGGUGAUCGCUCAUCCGGCCUCCACUACGGUAUCUACACCUGCGAGGG